AUAGCUCUGCUUUCUGGGACUCUGAAAACUAUCCAGAAGGCGUCUUGCGAUGGGCAAUUGCUGGAAAUAGAUUGUCCAGCGAACACGUCGAUAUCGAUCCAAUUUGCCCAGUAUGGACGUCAUUCCGUGUCCCCUGACACCGGUGGAGGACCGAUUCUUUGUCCACCCGGGAGAGCCUCUAGCACUCCUACACUGUCACCAGACGUCAUGGUCAAAUACAAUGUCACCUGCUUUGCCAGGAAGGCUUUACAGACCGUCGUUGACAAGUGUCAAAAAGAAAAGUCGUGUCAAGUGUACACGACGACGACGUCUUUCGGAGAGGACCCGUGCCCUGACGUGCGCAAGUACCUAGAAGUCGCCUACAAGUGCGGACCCAGUAUUUUCCAGAACAAGGUUCUCUGCAAAGACGAGAGAAUGACCUUGAGUUGCCCCGCAAACUUCCGACUCGUCAUAUAUUCUGCCGAGUUUGGACGGACUAUUGCCGAUUGUCGGGCAAGUUUUGCGACGGAGUCCGUGAUGCAGAAUUGUCACGGCCGAAGAAGGUGUCUCUUGUCUGCGGAUGUUGGCACUUUUGGGUCCCCCUGCAACCCGAAGUCCCACGUUUACCUGAAGGUCAUUUAUACUUGCGUUCCAAGAGAAGUGCUGAAAGAGCCAUUUCAACACCGUCUGGAAGCUGAUGAAGACGGCUACUCAGGCACUGAUGAAACCGGUUUCAAAUCAUCAGUAAUUGAUCCGUCGAAUCAGUCAAACAAAACGGCAGAGACGAGUUACGACGUUGACGAAGUCAAGGGUUCUGUCACCGACUGGAAGGCAACUUCCAAAUCAUCGACAAGCCCAGAAAACGAAGACACUGUUCUUGCUGAUGUCCGACGCGCUUAUUUGUGCGUCAAGGCCAAAUAUUUGCGCUCGUCAAUUAUUUAUUUGCGGGACCCCGGUUAG